AGAAUCCAACGAGCCACGACGAAAGGCUUUUUCGCAGGCGAACGGCAGUAAAAACACUGAUAAUACGUGCUGACUGACUUGUAAACUUUUGUGACAAAAUUAAAAUUACACUUAAAAUCAAAGUACUGUAAUUAAAAAAAAAUCAAAUUAGGUAUCAUUAAUUUUGAAACAACAAUGAACCCCAAUGCACAUUUUUUGUGGUUUAGCGGCGUGUAGUUUAAUUACGAAGCUUGGAGUACUGUGCUCUAGUCAGGAUUUUAAAGGUGGAUUAUGUUAAAAAAGAGAAACAGAGUAUUCCGACAGAGGAGACCGGAAUCUAGUGAUGAAGAGGAUGAUCACAAGACAUGUCAGUCAAGGGAAGAAGAAACAGUGGAGGAAAGUGAGGUAGGGCCUGCUCGAUAUAGCCAGCUGCAUCAGCGAAGAGGACUGUCAUGCACUUCCAAACCUAAGAAAGAGCAUGUUUCACCAGCUAGCGGAGGUGACUAUGUGAAGGAGAGAGAGGAGGAAGACCAUGGUUCAGGUGCUGGCAAUGAGACAGCGCCCUCUGAUGAGAAAAGACAUUUAGAAGUGGGCUUGCUGAGUUUUGAGGAUGACAGAGGAGAUGAGGCACAGGGGUUUAAGAUAAGAAAGCCAGCAGUAAACGCUGUUGUGUUUAAGUCACAGAAGAAAAAAGAAAGUCAUAGUUUGUUGGAGGUAAAGAAAGAAAAUCUUAAAGGGUACAGUGAAGAAGCCAAAAAAGAUAAGAGCCUUGAAGAUGGCAGUAACGAUGGUGAUUCCGAAGGAGAAAAUAUUUCCAUGGAAAAUGAGGAUGGUGAAAGUUCUUCAUCAUCAUCAUCUAGUUCAUCUGAGUCAUCAUCAUCUGGAACAAAAAGUUCUGAAGCAGCUGACAUUCCAGAUGCCAAGUGCAUUCAGGCCGCUCGCAGGAAACGGCAGUUGGCAAGAGCCAGGGCUGACUUUAUCCCACUGAACACAGGGCAGAAUUAUGGCAAUCAGUGGCCAAACCAGAAGAUGGAUUCUGAUGCUGAGAGUGAAUCUGAUGAGGAUGAACAGAGAAGAAGAAUUCAGUUUGCUCCAAAAAUAAAAGGAAUGAAACAAAGAACAGCAGAGAAUAUAGGGAGAAGUAAAAGUAGUGAUGACCUGCAAGAUACUGAUAGUGAAGCAGAGAACACAUGGGAAGAACAGCAAAUUAGAAAAGGAAUAAAAAUCCCUCAGGUAUCCAGUAGAGAUUCUGCUAACAAAAGCAUGCCUCAUUCUUUCAUGAUGAAAGUUGAAUCUGUUUCCUUGCCAGUUGUGAGUUUAGAAACUGUUAAAAGGAAACUGUCUAACAGGUUGAAAUCACUACAAGAAAUUCACCGUUCCCACAGGAGGGAGCAUGAAAAAGUUCUGCAGGUUGUUAACUCUUCAGAAGACACUAUCGCAGCAUUGGAAGAGUCGGGCAAUGGUGGUCAACGAUACAAGUUUUACAAAGAGAUGAUGUUAUACAUUCAAAACUUGGUAGAUUGUCUUAGUGAGAAGAUAAUACAGAUCGACGCUCUAGAAUCUGAAAUGCACCAAAUCUACCAAAAACAAGCUGCAGCACUCCUGAAACGCAGAAAAGAAGACAUCAGCACUGAAUCAGCCUAUAUUCAGCGACUUUCAAAUACUACUGGGUCAUUCUCUUCUGGCCUUGAUGGACAUGAUGAUAAAGCACAAAACCUUCUUGAAGCAUGCUGGAGUAGAAGGAGGCAGAGGAGGGAAGCAAGAGAGGGCACAAGAGAAAAUAAAGAACACCAUGAGGGGAUGUCCAGUGAUGAUGAACAACCACCAGUAGAAGUUGCUGCUUUUCACGAUAAAAAAGAAACUAUUUUGAGAGAUGCUGAGAAAGUAUUUGAAGAUGUACAUGAAGAAUUUCAUGGUGUUAAUCGUAUCCUGUUGAAGUUUGCACAGUGGCGUCAACAGUUCUUCGAUUCUUAUUCAGAAGCCUACAUCAGUCUUUGCCUUCCCAAGCUUUUGAAUCCCUUAAUCAGACUGCAGCUGAUAAAAUGGAAUCCUCUUGAGCUUGAUUAUUUAGACUGGGAAGAAAUGCCAUGGUUUCAAGAAAUAAAGAAGUUCAGCCAUCCACCUGUGAAUAUGAUGGAGCCUUAUAGAGAAGAGCACCCUGAUGCAAAAGUGUUAACAUCUGUCCUGGAGAAAGCUGUAGUACCGAAAGUUAUAGGCUUUGUGGAACUUGUUUGGGACCCUUUAUCGUCCUCACAGACAAAUCGCCUGGUACAGCUAUACAGAAGACUACAAGAACACUGUCUAUUUGAAGAUGAUCCCAGUAAAGUUAAACAGUCUUUGUUAAACAGCAUUCUUUUAAAAACAAGAAAGUCCAUUGAUGAAGAUGUCUUCAUCCCUAUGUAUUCAAAAAGUCACUUGGUAGACAGAAUGUCACCACAGUCUAAGUUCCAAGACAGACAGUUAUGGGCAGCUGUAAAGCUUCUAGGCAACAUCAUCCAGUGGGAUGGUCUCAUACCAAAACAACCUCUCCAGGAAUUAGGUUUGGAUAAGCUACUUAACCGUUACAUUGUAAUCACUCUCCUAAACAUGCCACCUGGGACUGAUAAUGUGCAGAAAUGCAGAAAGGUAAUUGCAUCUUUUCCCGAAAGUUGGUUCAAAGAUCUGAAAGAUGGUGACAGCCUUCCUCAGCUGUACAAUCUGAGCCGACAUCUCUUGCAAACAGCACAUGCCUUGAAUGUAAACUGUUCAGAAAACACUUGUGUCAGAGAAACUCAAGCCGAAGUAGUCCAGUUGUUAAAGAAGAUCAAAGCUCUAGAAUAUGCUGAAACAAUUGUCCAACAAUAUAACCUGCAAGACUUCAAAGAAGGACUUCGUAAAUAAAGCUCAAUAUGAACUGUGCAAGUCACACUUCAUCCAUUAUGAAAUAAAACACCGAUCUGUUUUUAAAGAUAUAUAUAUAUAUAUAU